GUGAUAAUAACUAGAUAUACCUUUAUUUUUGACAGCUGCCUGUAUGAGUAUUGUGUCUGCCUCUAUCCAGUUGUGUAAGACGGUCCGAGAACUGUCCUAUGACCUUAUGACCUCUCACCACAAGGACAAACUUAGAAUGUGUAUGGACAAUGUUGACCGUUCCUCCGUCCAGAUCAGAGAGAUUCUACAGAGGUACCACGGGGGUGACGGCACCAAUAGUGGACAUCCACAAAUCUUCACAAACUCUGGUGACGUAAGUGAAAGGGGAAAUAACUGUGAUAAUUCUCUGUCUGCCAAGGGAAGUAACUCCCCACCCCGCCAUCUUGCAAACUUAUUUCGACAGGAAUUUUCUGAGCAGGGGAAAUCUCCCGAAAGUCCUCCACAUGAGAAGUUUGCUCAGUUGCUACGGGAACAGUCGCCAUUGGCGAGUGGGAGUGAUGAGGAUGUCAGGUCAGGGGGACAUUACUCUAGACCUGUAGAGGGGGAAUCUUAUAAAGGGUCACGUGAUGAGGGGGAGGACACGGAGGAAAGAAAUAUCCCGGGAAGUCCCUCCUCUGAAACCUCAGGACAUUCAGCGGCAUCUAGAUAAUCAAAGUACUGAAAGGAUCCACAACUAUUUCUUAAAGUUCGUAGAAGACUGAUUGUGUAGUGAAAAACAAAAUAUAAACAAAAUGAACAUUUUGAUAUUACUCAUGUUGAAGUAAGACAAAUAAAAGAGAAGUACAAUGGUUUUGUGUAAAAUUUAUGCUUAUUGCACAGUUUAGUGGAAAUA